AUGAAACGCUUUGGGGCUGCAAUAACUAAGGCAAUUGAAUAUCGCAGUGGUUUACCAGGCCUAACAGAUUACCAAAAGGCAGUAGGACUACGGCAAGACAUAAAUAACAGUUUUCGACACAUUAUGGGUGCCCAUGAUCGAUGUGAGGAAUACUAUUGUAAAAAACCGCGACCAAUUAAUGAAAAAAAUUUGAUCGAAGACACCGAGACUUCAGGGAUUGUGAGCGAUAUAUCCCAAAUAGUAUCUCGUUUAGUCGCAAAUGUUGAUAGUUUACUGAUGAAUGUUGACAACAACGUGUGUGAACAAUUCAACAGUGUAAUUAAUAAACAUUUAGCGGGUAAACGAAUAAAUUAUUCACAAAGAAAUUCGUACAAUGCUCGAGUCGAAGCAGCGGUUAUAUCAUGCAACUCAGGUGGACAAUUUCUUCGGUUGAUGCAUAAAAAUAUAGUCAAUGAUAUAAGUCCAGGAGAAAUCGGAAAAAAAUUCCUUACAUCUAGCAAAAAAAAAAGAUCCCAGCCAAAAUCUAAAAAACAUCUUUUCUCGGGAAAUUCAGAAAGAAGGUGUAAUAGUGGCCCGGAUCAACAUUAUGGUUUAGCUGAACCAUUACCGGAAGACAAUAUUUCAAUAGAAGUAUUAGAAAAAACAAAAGACGAUUUUUUAAAAACACUACAGUUGGACAGACGUGAACGGUUAGCCAUUGAAGAACAAACAAGGGAACAGGCCAAUUCUCAAAUUUGGCAUGUUGAACGUAGAAAUCGGCUCACAGCGUCAAAUUUUGGCUGCGUUUGUAAACUUCGAAAAACUACGUCGUGCAAAAAUACUGUUUAUAGUAUACUAUAUAGGACAUUUUCUUCGAAAGCAACAGAUUAUGGUAAAGCCACAGAAUCACAAGCUAUCGUCGCGUUGGAAAAAAAAUUUAAUUGCACAGUGAAUAAAUGUGGACUUCUUAUUGAUGAACAUUUUCCUUAUUUAGCAGCUUCUCCUGACGGUCUUGUCAAUAAUGAUUUUAUAGUUGAAAUUAAAUGUCCAUAUGCAGUAAAAGACACUAAGACAUUUUUAGAAGCUAUAAAUAGUAAAAAAUUAUCUUUCUGUCGUCUCAGUGAAGACGGGAGAAUGGAAUUAAAAGUGGACCAUAGUUACUAUUACCAAGUUCAGGGACAAAUGCAUAUUUCAAAACGAAAUUCCUGUUAUUUCGUUGUUUAUUCGGCCAAUUGGAUAGAGAUACAAAUUAUUAGUUACGAUGACUCUUUCUGGCGCGAAAAAAUGAUUGAGAAGUUAAAAGUUUUUUAUACAGAAUGCUUACUUCCAGAAAUAGUCAAUCCCCAGUACGGAAAGAGGCUGUUGGUAGAUGACAUUUUAGAUCCUCAACAUAUUUUGGAAAAUAUAAAAACAAAAACGGCAAAAAAAAAAUAG